GGCACAGGAGCGGGGCCGGGCACAGGAGCGGGGCCGGGCACAGGAGCACAGGAGCGGGGCCGCUCGGGGCCCCUCCCGCGGGAUGGACGAGGACGGGCUGCCCAUCGUGGGCUCCGGCAUCGACCUCACCAAGGUUCCUGCUAUUCAGCAGAAGAGAACUGUAGCAUUUCUAAACCAGUUUGUGGUUCACACAGUGCAGUUCCUCAACCGCUUUUCCACUGUUUGUGAAGAGAAAUUGUCAGCGCUCUCUCUCCGUAUCCAACACAUUGAAACCACCCUCAAUAUUCUGGAUGCAAAGUUAUCCUCAAUUCCUGGCCUAGAAGAUGUCAAAUUUGAGGUGUCCAGUGCAGAUGUGAAGAGUGUUACAAAUGGUCCUGUGGCACAAGCUGCUGCAGAUCCACAGGCAGCUGUGUCACCUCACUCUGGGAACAACACACAGGAAGAAGGGCUGCAGAAAACAGAGGUGGUAACAGAAAAUGUCACAACUGUGGCCAAGGAUCCAAGAUAUGCCAGAUAUCUCAAAAUGGUACAAGUGGUGAGUCAAUUCUCAUGUCAUUCUUUGGCCAGGAUAUUGUUUUAAGAUGGGAUGUAACCUUAAAUGUCUGAAAACAUAUACUGCAAAAGUAAUAUUUAAGCU